AUGCAAACAAAUAGCUGUGGGAGUUCCGAUAACAAGGCACCCAUGCCUUGUGUUUUCCAAGAACCGAUGACAGCACCCAAACACAUGCAAGAUGGAUCAGCAGCGGUAGCUGAGCAGCUGGAAACAAUUGAAUUGGGUGAGGAUCCCUCUGCCCCAAGGCCCAUCUCCAUGAGCGUUCAUUUAACAAGUAAAGAGAAGGAGGCCAUGGUAUCUUUGCUAAAGGAAUUCCGAGAUGUGUUCGCUUGGAGCUACGAGGAAAUGCCUGGCUUAAACCCAAGCUUAGUAAGUCAUACUUUGAAUAUUGAGCUUGGUACGAAACCUAUCGUGCAGCCAAGAAUGAAUUUUCAUCCUGAAAUUGAGAAGCAAAUCAAGGUGGAAAUUGAAAAGUUGUUAGCUGUCGGAUUCAUUAAGCCAAUCAAGCACCCUACGUGGCUAGCAAAUAUUGUCCCUGUGAAAAAGAAAACCGGUGUGAUCAGAAUAUGCACGGAUUACCGAGACCUCAACCGAGCUUGCCCAAAGGACGAGUUCCCGCUGCCUAACAUGGAUAUCUUAAUUGAUUCGACCUCGGGUCAAGGCUUGUUGUCAUUCAUGGAUGGGUUUAGUGGUUACAAUCAGAUCAAGAUGUCACCCAAAGAUGCUGAGAAGACAGCCUUUCGAACACCAUAUGGGAAUUUUUAUUAUACGGUCAUGCCAUUCGGCCUCAAAAAUGCUGGCGCCACCUACCAAAGAGCCAUGACAGCAGUGUUUCACGACAUGAUGGGAAAAGAAGUCGAAGACUAUGUGGAUAACCUUGUGGUGAAGUCCAAAACCAGAUAA